GCUGGAGGUUGGUUCCUGUCAGCCACACAUGCGGGGAGCAGAGCAGCGGGAGCGGGCGGAGAGACUAACGGGACCCGGAGCAGAGCGGAGCGGAGGACGGUCAGUCAGCCACUGAGCCACAGCCUCGUUUCCUCUUCUUAACGACACUUCCCGGUGUUUGUUCAAGGACGUCGUGGCUUCGGCACGUCCCGCGGUGGACUUCUUUUGUUCAAGACAACAGCAGUGAAAGAGUAAAAAAAAAAAAAAAAAACUCCAGUGGAAAUACUAUCUGAUAACUCCAUUUUACUGCGCGUGUUGCCAGUGAACACGCGAGCGCGGAGCUGGAGGCCGACCGCGCGCGCCAGUGUGUCCGCUGUUACCUGCACUUUUCCCGCUGUUACCUGUUCUUCACCGAGGAACCCCGUUCAAGUAGUCAACUUUGCAGCCAUUACACCGAGAAGACUCCAGCGAGAGACAAUGGUGAAUCCCGGAGGCAGCAGCCAGCCACCGCCGGUGGGCACGGGUUCUCUGUCUUGGAAGCGCUGUGCAGGAUGUGGGGGGAAAAUCGCAGACCGCUUCCUCCUUUAUACCAUGGACAGCUACUGGCACAGCCGAUGCCUCAAGUGCUCCUGCUGCCAGGCCCAGCUGGGUGAAAUCGGCACGUCGUGCUAUACAAAAAGUGGCAUGAUCCUUUGUAGAAACGACUACAUCAGAUUAUUUGGAAACAGCGGAGCUUGCAGCGCUUGUGGCCAGUCCAUUCCAUCCAGUGAACUGGUGAUGAGGGCACAGGGCAACGUGUACCAUCUCAAGUGUUUCGCAUGUUCCACCUGCCGGAACCGGCUCGUCCCGGGGGACCGGUUCCACUACAUCAAUGGCAGCCUGUUCUGUGAACAUGACAGACCCACAGCACUCAUCAACGGCCACUUGAGUUCACUGCAGACGAACCCGCUACUGCCCGACCAGAAGGUGUGUUAAGCGGGAGCUGUGCAGGAAGCAGGAUGUGUGCCUUCAUUUUAGCCCUUACUCAUUGUCACCCAAGACAGCGUGGAUCAGCAACACCCCAGCCUUUUAGCUGUGCUCCCAGGCCCUUUGCCCUAAAAGGAAUCCUCUACCCAUCUUACAAGUAACCUGACUUUUAUUUCUGCAACCCCACACCCCAACGCUCAGCCUUCAAACUUGGCUUUUCCCCAAAUAUGGGUGGAUACUUGCACUUAACCGCACCUGAAUCAGGAUGCUGAGGACUUCGUGACCUUGGAAUAAAAAAGACCGGAGACGAAUCAGACUCCAAGGGGACUCUUCGGGAAGAGAAAAUUAAAUAACACACAGGAGGAUGAUGUGACUGAAGUGAGGGAAGGAGAAAAAAGACUAAUGAGGUUAAAGAGAUGCAGGCUUUUCAACUCUGCAUAUUUGUAGACAUUGUGGGGAAAACCGGGACCUUUUCAUUUUUCCUCUCUUCCUUUUCUAUCUUCAUUUCCCAACAACAUGGUGUUUUCACUUUAUAUAUUUUAAGUGUUGUCAAAGGGGAAUGUUUUUUGUUUUCUUUGGUGGUAUAUGUAUAGAAAAGAUGGGGUUUAAAAAAAUAAUCUGUUGCUUUUUGUGGAAAACAAAUCAUGAGCACUCUAGGUGUAUUUAUAUAACUACCAUGUAUGUACAGUAUGCAUGUAAAUGUCGUUGUCCAGGCGUGGCUACAGUACAUUCAAACUCUGCACACUUGGUUCCAGUUCCCCCUCCCCUUCAAACCUGAACCUGUGGCAAACUGAAGAAAUUUGCUCAUAGUCAGUAAUGUAGAGAUCAUCGCCAACAUAUAAAUGCUGAAUGAAAGAGAAAUUACUUGUGAUAUUUUCCGAGACAUUUGCUCCAGUAUGGUGUAUUUAAUUAAUAAAAAAUAUGUAAGAU